GAGAACAUUAUGAAACAGCAGAAGGGAUAAGGGGAAAUGUUGAAGGAAGCCCGAGAGAAAUUGAAGAGAGGGAAUGAAUGAGUUGAGAGAGAUAUCUAGAAAGCUUGGUAGAAAUGAAGAGAAUGAAUGGGUAGAGAGAGAGAGAGAGAGAUGAAAAACAGAGAGGGGAAAUAGAAAGAGAAAGAUGAAAGUUGGAGGAAAACAAAGAUUAUUAAUAAAACAGCGAAAAGCAGAGAAGACGAGAUGAAAAAACAAAAAACAAAAAUUAUCAGAAGAAAAUCUAACAGCGAAAGACAAAAAAAUCAGAAUCUAAGCAUUAGCUCUAUUUCUAUCUAUUUAUCUAUCUAUGUAACCUACCUAUCUAUCUAUCUAUCUAUCUAUCUAUCUCGAUAAAGGCAAUGAGGGAUUAUAUAGACAGAUAUAUAUGCACAGGGAAGGAGUAGGAGGAAGAGUAGGAGUAAGCUAAGCAGUAGAGUGGGGGGGAACUAUGGCAGCCACAAAGUGAUAAUUCUGUGUAGCGUUAUAACAGGCAAUGGCUGCUACAAGAUCGCAGAGUCACGUUCAGGACCGAAUUACUAGACCUUUAGAUUCGAGAAACGAUGCCCAGGUGGAUCUUUUGAGGGGUACCGAAAAAUAUAGUGACCCUCGGUCGGCAGAGGAGGGAACCACUCGGAAAAGUACGACCUGGUUAAAUGAACCUUAUCGUGGCACUGCAAUAAACGAUACGCCGUCAUCACUUGCUGAAGAUGUUUCCAGUAGUGCAGUUCUUACACAGUUGGAUGGGGAUGGUCUCGUGGAACGGGGGAACUGGAGUGGACGGUUCGAUUUCCUCAUGUCCUUAUUGGGGUAUUCCGUGGGUCUCGGCAACGUGUGGAGGUUUCCCUACCUAGCAUACAGCAAUGGAGGGGGGGCAUUUCUUUUCCCUUUUAUAUUGAUGUUGAUAUUAAUUGGAACACCAUUGAUGUUUAUGGAGCUUGCUUUCGGCCAGUUUGCAUCUCUGGGUCCAGCUGCUAUCUUCGACCGAUUCUGUCCUUUAUUUCAUGGUCUUGGUAUUGCCAUGAUAUGUGUAUCAAGUCUGGUGGCUGUCUACUAUACAGUAAUUAUAGCCUGGACAAUUCUGUACCUGUUCAUGUCGUUUACAUCAGAACUUCCUUGGGAAAGCUGUGGAGAAGAAUGGAAAACACAAUUUUGUUACACUUACAAAGAAGCAGACGCUUGUGCCAAAAUAAACGGCAGUGUAUAUUAUAAUCAAACUUGCUUCAACGCAACAUAUGCUGCAUCAGAAAACAUAGUAGAACUUGCCAAAAAUUCAUCAAUACGACAUGUUCCAGCUCAAGAUUUCUUUGAGCGCCAUGUCUUGAACAUAUCUUCUGGUAUUGAACACUUAGGUGAUAUCAGAUGGCAGGUUGUCCUGUGUCUUCUUUGUGCAUGGACUUUGACAUUUUUCUCUCUCAGUAAAGGAGUGAAAUCAACAGGAAAAGUGGUGUAUUUCACUGCGCUAUUCCCCUAUGUUGUACUUUGUAUCCUGUUUGUUCGAGGUGUGACGUUACCUGGUUCAUUAAAAGGAAUUAUAUUUUACGUCACUCCAGAGUUCCACUUAUUAAAAUCUGCUAAGGUGUGGAAAGAAGCAGCUGUGCAGAUAUUUUUCUCACUUAGUCCAGCCUGGGGCGGACUGAUAACACUUGCCAGUUAUAACAAGUUCCAUAACAACUGUUAUAAAGAUGCAUUGAUUGUAUCAAUUGGCAACAUUUGUACCAGCAUUUUUGCUGGUUUUGUUAUAUUCUCUAUCAUUGGUUAUUUGGCGAAUGAACUCGAUAUGCCUGUUGAUAAAGUUGUUGAUCAAGGUGCUGGUUUAGCAUUCAUUGUAUACCCUGAUGUUGUAACCAGGUUACCAAUAUCUCCAUUGUGGUCCUUCCUCUUUUUCUUCAUGCUGUUGACUCUUGGAAUGGGGAGUGAAUUUGCUCUCUUGGAAACCAUUAUGACUGCUGUACAAGAUCUGUAUCCAGCUCUACGGCAGAAAAAAACAUGGGUUGUUUUAACAGUUUGCAUACUUGGUUUCCUCUCUGGUCUUACGGUUUGUACUGAUGGUGGCAUGUAUAUCCUGCAACUGAUGGACUCGUACGCGGCCAGUUGGGCUGUUUUCCUAAUGGCUAUCAUUGAAUGUGUUCUCAUUGGAUGGGUUCAUGGAGCUCAGGAGUUUAUCAUUGAAGUUGAAUUGAUGAUUGGUCAGCGCAGCCGAAAUUUCCAUAAAUAUUUCUCUAUCUUCUGGAAAUAUAUCUCACCUGCAACAUUGACGCUGUUGAUGGUCUUCAAUGCUAUCCAAUACGAACCUCUGGAAUAUGAUACGUACGUCUACCCUGGCUGGGCUAAUGCUAUUGGCUGGUUAAUGGCAUUGGCACCUAUCAUGAUGAUAAUUGCUAUUGCUGUUUUCAGAUUAUUAACAACUCACAGAGACCUCCCAUUCAAAAAGAGAGUAAAAGAACUGCUGAAACACACUUCAGGAUGGGGUCCAAACAAGUUUCAAAAAGCUGAAGAAGAAGAAAAUCGUAACAGAACAAUAGAAAACCCCAAUUUCACAGUUGGUAAUCCACAGGAGACAAGGAUAUAAAAUAGGCACUAGCAUGUUGAUUCUUGUCUUCGUACCAGCAUAUUCAUAGGACUAGUAAAGAUGAUGAAGAUGAUAAGGAUGAUAAUGAUGAUGACAAUAAUAAUUACAAUAAUGAUGAGUGACGAAAUACUAGUGAUGGUAGUUGUGGUGCUGGUGUUGUUGUUGCUGCGGGUGGUGGUGGUUGCCGGAAGUUAUAAAGUAAAUUUAUAAUAAACACUAGCGGUGGCGUUGCCGCUGCUGCUGCUGUACUUCGUGAUGGUGAGGAUAACUGUACUUUAGUCAAGUUGCUGACACAAAUCAAACAGAAAUAGAGAUACGUUAACGUUAAUUAUGCACUUAGGGCUUUAGAAAUGAAUGAUGGCGGGAGGGUGACACUUUGCAGCUUGAUGGACUGAUCUACAUUGGUUUGAAAUAAUAUGUAGUGGAAUUCUCACCUGCUGUGCACAUCUUUUUCUACUAGUACUUACCUAUACAUUUAAAAAAAUUUAUUGCUCAUUGACCUAUAAUAGGACAUAUAUAUAUAUAUAUAUGUGUGUUUAUAUAUAUAUA